UCGGUAAGUGAGCAAUGGUAGUUUGAAUGGGAAGCCUAGUGUUAUAAAUCCCUUUUCAUCCUCUCUCGUAACUUCACAUUGCAGCGCACAAAGAGACCCGGGCUUCAACCAGAUUCGACCGAACCGGUUAAAACUACCUAAAAUAGAAAAUGUACGCCUGUGCAAAGUUCGUCUCCACGCCGGCUCUGGUCCGUGCUGGUUCCCGGGCUCUUUACAGACCCCUCUCUGCCUCUGUGCUGUCCAGGCCUGAGCUCAAAACAGAGAGCACUGUUGCUGUGAUGCCACAGAGCCCCCUCACCCAGGUCACACUGAGGGGCUUCCAGACCAGCGCUAUCAGCAGGGACGUUGACACCGCUGCCAAGUUCAUUGGAGCUGGAGCUGCCACAGUCGGAGUAGCUGGAUCUGGAGCUGGAAUUGGGACUGUGUUCGGCAGUCUCAUUAUUGGCUAUGCUAGGAACCCAUCUCUGAAGCAGCAGCUGUUCUCAUAUGCCAUCCUGGGAUUUGCCCUGUCUGAAGCCAUGGGACUGUUCUGUUUGAUGGUUGCUUUCCUUAUCCUGUUUGCUAUGUAAAACUCUGCUGUCAUACAACACUUUCAGAUGUGACUACAUAUUUUAUUGUGGCUACCAAAAUUGUUCCGUGUUGGUGUCAUGGAAAUGUACAUUUUCAAGUCUUUCAGACACUGUCGAAAUACGCAAAACAUGUAUUGUACAAAUGUAAGAAAUUACGUGAUUAAAAUACAUGUAUUUGACUAUUUAACAA